GUCCUUGGAGUCAACUUGAGGAAGCUCAGAACCUUGCACUACUAUUAGACACUUUCUUGCAGUACUCCCAGAAACUCAUUAGCUGAUAAUGAUAAUGGGAAGAAGAAGAAGAAGAGUAACAAGAAGAGUCUAUAGAUGGUCCCUUACUCCUAUAUCAUUCACCCUCUCUGUUUUGCUCUUCCUCUUAUCCAGCUCUGCUCUUCUACUUUGCACUGCAAGAGAUGCAAUUUCUCUAUAUCACAAGACCAUCCGAGAUGGAGAAACUAUCAUUUCCUCUGGAGAGAAGUUCGAAUUCGGAUUCUUCAGCCCUGAUGGUGCUAAACGAUAUGUUGGCAUAUGGUACCACAAGUUAUCUCCAGACUCAAAAAGAACAGUUGUGUGGGUCGCCAACGGAAACAACCCAGUCAAGAAUUCAAGAGGUAAUAUAAACAUCGAGGAAGAUGGUAACUUGCAAAUUUUGGAUGAAAAAGGAAUUAAUUAUUGGUCAACAAGAAUUUCGAAAACACUGAAAAACCCAAGUGCUAAGCUUAUGGAUUCGGGGAAUCUGAUCUUGAGUGAAGAGAAUGCUACUCAUGAACCAAUAUGGCAAAGCUUCUCAGAGGUGUCCAACACAUUCCUGCCAGGGAUGAAGAUGGAUACCAGCAAGGUACUCCAAUCAUGGACCAGUGAGCUUGACCCAACUCCAGGAGAUUUUAGGUUUAAGCUUGAGGGUUACCAAUUAAGAUAUGCAAUCAGUAAUGGAUCGCUGACCUAUUGGAGGAGUUCUUCCUGGAAGGAUUUCUCCAACUCUAAUGACAUCCCUAAGAGCCUGGCAUACGUAUUAUUAAAUUUCACCUCAACAAGUAAGGAUCCAAAGUAUAACAAUGAAUUGAACCCAGGUGAUUUUAACAACACAAGACUGGUGAUGGAACCAUCGGGCAAAAUCAUGUUUUACAAUUGGUCUAGUGAGAUUAAGGGGUGGCAUCAAUCAUGGUUUGAACCAAGUGAUAAUUGCAGCAUCUACAAUAUUUGUGGUCCAUAUGGCAUUUGCAGUAGAACUGGUACUGCCAAUCCAAUAUGUAAGUGCUUGAAGGGCUUCAAAGCCACAUCUCAGGAGGACUGGAACUCAGGUGAAUUCUCCGAAGGGUGCAUGAGGAGGACACAGGAGUGCAAGGACAACAUUGAAUUCUUGAGCUUGAAUGUGACAAAAGUGGAGAACCCAACCGCCUACAAUUUUGAUGCUAAUACAAAAGAUAAGUGUAGAGAAGAGUGCCUCAGUAAAUGCGCCUGCGUUGCUUUUUAUUUUGAACCUAAAGAACCUACAGCACGUGCGGGAAGAGGCGAUCCUUCCUGCAAGAUUUGGAUGGAUGGGGAUUUGAAGGACCUGCAAGAGGAAGCCUCAAUCAAGAGUCAGGUCAUUUUUAUCCGGGUGGCACACUUUGAUCUAGAACCAACGUGUAAUUUCUCAAAGGACUGUGAAGCAUUGCCACAUUCAAGCUGCAUGCCAAGUUUAACUUGGAAUGGAACGCGAAGAUGCAUUUGCGACACAAAUCAUCCAUGGGAUCCUUCAACAAGGAAUUGCACACAAGAUGCUCCUAAGCUAAGUCUUUCUUCUCACAAUGAGAAGCCAUCAUCUUCCUCUUUGAUCAUUAAGGUGACUGUUGCAGUUGGAGUUAUCAUUUUCUCUUGUGCUGUUAUUUGUAUAUUUUAUCUGAGAAGAAGGGUAGCCAAAAGAAAAGCUUGCAGGGAAAGCAUCCAAGAAAGUUCAAAUUCGCAUUUUGACCGGGAUGAAAAAAAUGCUAGUGACUUAAUAGAUACAAGUAAGCUUGGAGAAGAUCAGAAGAAGGGCACAGAUGUACCUUUCUUUGACUUUGAAAUCAUAGUGUCUGCUACUGAGAACUUCUCUGACGCCAAUAAGCUUGGGCAAGGAGGGUUUGGACAUGUCUACAAGGGAAGGUUAAAAGGAGGGCAGGAAAUAGCUGUGAAGAGGCUCUCAAGGAUUUCUGUACAAGGUAUUGAUGAAUUCAAAAAUGAGGUUCUAUUGAUUGCCAAACUUCAACACAGAAAUCUUGUUAGACUUAUAGGUUAUAGUAUCAAAGGAGAUGAGAAAAUGCUGCUUUAUGAAUACAUGCCCAACAAAAGCUUGGACUCCUUUAUCUUUGAUCGAUCACGAUGCCUGUUACUAAAUUGGGAAAUGCGCUUCAAUAUCAUAAUGGGAAUUUCUCGAGGGCUUCUUUAUCUUCAUCAAGAUUCUAGAUUGAGGAUUAUUCAUAGAGAUUUGAAAACUAGUAACAUUCUCCUAGAUGAGGAGAUGAACCCCAAAAUUUCAGAUUUUGGAUUAGCGAGGAUUUUCGGAGGAAAUCAAACUGAAGCAAGUACGAAUAGAGUGGUUGGAACAUAUGGGUAUAUGUCUCCUGAGUAUGCAUUGGAUGGAUUUUUUUCAGUUAAAUCUGAUGUAUUCAGCUUUGGAGUUGUUCUACUUGAGAUUAUCAGCGGGAAGAAGAACACUGGCUUUUAUCAGUCUGAACAUUCUUUGUCUCUUCUAGGAUAUGCAUGGGAAUUGUGGAGAGCGGAAAAAGUGUUGGAUUUCGUGGACAAGUCAUUAUACGAAUCGUGUAACGUUUAUGAAGUUUCAAAGUGUAUCAAUGUUGGGCUCCUAUGUGUUCAAGAAGAUGCAUACGAUCGACCAACAAUGUCAAAUGUAAUCUUCAUGCUAGGAAGUGAUACAGCAACUCUUCCAACACCUAAACAACCAGCUUAUAUUGCAAGGAAGUGUCCAUCUAGCUCAGCUUCAUCUAGUAGACAAGAACUGUAUUCUAUUAAUGAGAUGACGAUUUCUGUACAAGAAGGUCGGUAGUACAGUUGAUUUCCUGGAGUUCUCUCUCAAUGUAUACAAUUCCUUGAUUACUGUAUGAAUACCAAAAGUUUUAGCAGAAAUCAAUUUACCUUAUAUGGUUGAUUUGCAGA